CUUAGUUCAGGACUCAUUCAAUAUUCACGACAGCUCAUUCAAUCUCCGUCCAUAUUCCAUUGGCAAGCUGAACGGAAACAGGUACACUAAUUUACCACAAACCAUGGAGUUACAACUCUUGUUCCUUGUCUUCGUUUUGCUCUUGUCUGACAUACAAGCUUCCAACCCAGACAGUGAAGAAGUACAGAGCAGCGCAGAAGUACGUCCGACACCAGGAGCCUACACCUCUUCCGAUGCAGAACUCGUCGCCGGAAUAAUAAACGAUUUUUCUUUUAAGUUACUGGAAAAAAUGAACUCAAACUUCAACUCAGCCAUCAGUCCGAUCAGCAUAUUCCUUGCCCUGGCGAUGACUUACUUAGGCUCUGGAGGCAGGACAGAACGGCAGCUAGAAAAUGUCCUCGGAUUGGACAGACACGAUCUUCACGGGAUUAGACUACAUGAAGACUUGUCAAAACUCAUGUCCACACUGCCGCCAGAGAGUUCUGAGUUCAAGCUGAAAGCUGCGAAUGCGUUGGUCGUUGACAAGAACUUCAAACCCAAAUCUAAGUUUGUGGAAGAUCUCAGCAAUUUUUACUCAAUAAUGCUAGACGAAAUCGAUUUCAGAAAUGGGAACGUUGUUGUGGAUAGGGUGAACAGAUGGGUUGCUGAGCAAACAGAAAACGCCAUUACAAGGGUUCUAGAGAAACCUCCUGAUCCAGAAUCGGGAAUGAUUCUGUUGAAUGCCAUUUACUUCAGUGGGACUUGGGAGACGCAGUUUCCUCCAAACUCGACAGCCAUCAAGCCGUUUACUCUUUCGGAUGGAACGUUGAUAAAAGUUCCAUUCAUGUCCAUGCCGAAGAUCAGACUGAAAUACUUUCAAGAACUGACCUUCAAGCACUCUUUUGUGAGAUUACCGUACAAAGGAAAUCAUAUAUCGAUGAUAAUUGCUUUGCCAGACGAACUUGGAACGCCUGACUUUGAAAUGAGUCAUGACCGCCUUUGUCGUAUCCGCAGCGCCAUGAAACACUACGAAAUCGAUGUCCUGUCUAUCCCCAAAUUCCGCAUCGAGUUUUCUCGUCAGCUGAACGGUCCAUUGGCGACACUUGGCGCACCCGAUAUGUUCGAUCCCAAUGCCGCCAAUUUCUCCGGAAUGCGGGAAGAGAAAGACCUCUUCGUUUCGUCGAUCAACCACAAAGUCUUGCUCGAAGUCGACGAAAAAGGCAGCAUUGCUGCUGCUGUAACCACAGUUUCGCUUGUGCGCCUCUCUCUCGCGAGAAAACUGAAAUUCAUUGCUGAUAGACCAUUCAAAUUUUACAUCGUAGAUGAGCGAAACGGAUUGAUUCUCUUCAUGGGAAAAGUUACAAAUCCAUCAGGAGAAAGCACCACCAACACGCCAACGAAAGAUACUAUCAAACCAUCAACAGAAAGUGCAGUCAGACCUCCAACGAGAAAUACAGCCAAUGAUCUAAGUCCGAGUGAUACUGCGACAACAGUCCAACCUCGAAGAAGACCAGCACGGAUCUCUCAAAUACGACGACCCUAUUGGAUUGAUAUUCCGAACCGUACCAUGAGAAUAUUUCUUCAUUAU